CAUUCUCCGUGUCUCUUUCUCUUCCCUACAAGCCAUUUUGGGCUUUGGGAAUCGGUGACGCUGGUCGUUCAUAUUACAUUUCUUCUCAUUCUUGGAUUUUCUCACGACAAGAGCACUGUAGUGUGUUGCUACCAGUCAUGGCUUCUCAGAAUCCACAAACUCCAACAACCAGCACAGACGAGCGGAAGCCGGCCAAAUGUCACGGCUUGAUGCUGGCGCCGUACAUCUACGACACCGAUUCCGUCCAGGAACAUCUCCUGUGCAGAGCUGAAGCCAGUAACACUGCACCAGAAUCAGCGGGAAACAUGUCCGAGAUUGUGGGACAGGAAAGCCAUGGCGAACUUGAGGUUCAAGAUCUGGAUGCUAUGAUGAAGGAACCCUCUUCCCCGAAAAGUCGACUUUGAGCUGCUAUGCUAUAGUCGGAGGAUGUACUAGACCUGCUAUGACUGUUUGACGGCCUUUACAUCCUGCUCUUUAAUUUUUCAGUUACAAAAAUGUGUUGAGCUACUCUAUUGCUUUAGUGUAUUACUAUUGGACUGUUUCUUAUCGCGAAUGCACAUCAUAUAUGUCGUAGUUCCCAGUAUAUAUCUUACACUUCAUUCACGGCCGCCGACCCCUGAAUACCAU